GGCAAACUUUGAUGAAUCGCAAGGCUUACAAGGCGCAGGUUCCCGUGAGCAAUGCGCAAUGAGAUCAGGCGGUUUUACACUCGUUGAUGCCUUACAACGGUAUCCUAUUGUAGGGUAUAGAAAAGGGCAGUGUCAUUGAUCGAGAACAGAUUUCUGCUGCAUUCAUUGAGUGGGAAGCGAUAGUGCUAGGACUGGACACCAAGGGAAGCAGCACUACCUGGUGACUUUGGAAAGAGCAUCAGCCUGAGAAGGAAUGGCAAAGAUGGGGGUGAAGGAUCCAGGCGGUAGCAUUGAGAAGAAGGGAUUCUCCUCGCGCCUCCUGCAGAUGAAGUUCAUGCAGCGGAAGCAGGAGAAGCGGAAAGCCGAAGAGGUUUUUGAGCAGGUUGCAGACCCAAACCCAGAGGAUGCCGAGUGGGUGGCUGAAGGGUCACAGAGGGGUUGCAUCCUCGUUUACGAACCCGACCCGCCGCCCGGAGCAUUGCUGGGGCGCAUGGGGUUUGGCGGCUUCAAUCCUGACGCUGAAAAAUUGCAGAAGGAGGCUGAGGAGAGGUUGCAGGCUGCCAAGGCAGGAAAGAGCGACACACCUGUUGUGUCUGAUCUUGACAUGGCCAGGAGUAUGGGGCAGAGGGAAGACAGGGUGAGCUCCAUGCGCAUGCAGAAAAAGAAGGUCCGAAGGAAGUGAGGUGACAGCUGCGCAGGCUGACCUGCUCCGCACUAGAUUUAUAUGCAGCCAGUGCCUAGACAGAUUGUGUCAGAAUUUCUCUUCAUAGUGAGACCAGCCGCAAGUUACUGUGACUGCUUGAGGCCUCUUGAAGUAGCAGCAUAGCCUCCAACAACGGAAGAGAUAUCAGAUGGCCCUUCAUAGUUCAAAAUUUGGCAGCGGGCUGAUCCAUAAAUUGGCUCGGUGUGUUUCACAUCUGUUUAGGUUCAACAAGUGUGUGCCAUGUUGAAAUGUUGCAACAUUGAUUGUGCAUGCAUUGAUCAAUGCCGAGUAAUUGAUGGCCAUUUGCCGGCAGUCUAUUGCAUCGUAACAAUGUUGAAUUGUUACCGACAUGUCACAGC